AUGCUGACCAAGGCUGAGGACUACAACUACCUUACCGGUGGCAACUGCACCGUCCUGCCCAAUGUCGAUGAUGUUGAAGAGUGGGGUUCCAUCGUCGGCGCCAUGAAGGUGCUGGGCUUCUCCGACCAGGACCAAGACAACGUCUUCAAGCUUGUGGCCUCCUUCCUCCAUCUGGGCAAUCUUGAAUACGAUGCCACCACCAUCAGCAACAUGGAAGGCUCGGACAUUGUGGACACCACGCCUCUCGAAGCCGCCUGCAAGCUUAUGGAGCUAGACUCGGACCCCAUCGCCGAGGCGCUUACCAUUGCCACCCAGGUCACGCGUGGUGAGGUCAUCAAGAAGCCCCUCAGCGUCGAAAAGGCAAUCGACGUCCGUGACGCCUUUGUCAAGCAGGUCUACGGCCGUGUUUUCAUCUGGCUCGUCGACAAGAUCAACCUCGCCAUCUACAAGGAGGGCAGCGGCGGUGCCCGCUACAGCAUUGGCGUCCUGGACAUCUUUGGCUUUGAAAACUUUGGUGUCAACUCCUUUGAGCAGCUUUGCAUCAACUUUUGCAAUGAAAACCUGCAGCAGUUUUUCGUCCAACACAUUUUCAAGCUCGAGCAGCUCGAGUACGACAAGGAGUCUAUCAACUGGUCCAAGAUUGAGUUUACGGACAACCAGCCCGUCCUGGAUAUGAUUGCCGAAAAGCCCAUGAACAUUCUGGCUCUGGUCGAUGAGGAAUCAAAGUUUCCCAAGGGUACGGACGAGUCCCUCCUGACCAAGCUGCACAGCAAUCACGAGUCGAACGACCUCUACGUCAAGCCCCGCUCGCGUCAGGAUCCCAACUUUGGUAUCCAACACUUUGCCGGCCAGGUCUUUUACCUGUCCAACGGCUUUUUGGAGAAGAACCGUGACACCUUUAGCAACGAUCUCCUCCAGAACAUUGUCAUGUCCCCCAACGAGUUCCUGGUCGACCUCUUUGCCCAAGAAGCCAAGGCCGGCAGCGAGACGCGCGCCAAGAAGGCUACCUUGGCUGGCCAGUUCAAGCGCUCCCUCGAUGCCCUCAUGAAGACCCUCGGUGCCUGCAACCCCUUCUUCGUCCGUUGCAUCAAGCCCAAUGAGAACAAGCGCCCCAACGAGUUUGAUCGCUUGCUUUGCACGCGCCAGCUCCGUUACUCGGGUAUGAUGGAGACAAUUCGCAUCCGCCGCGCCGGCUACCCGAUUCGUCAUCUCUUUGAGGCGUUCGUGCGUCGCUACCGCCUUCUCGACCCCUCAGUGCCCCCGCCUGGUGGCGACGACCGUGCCUCCUCGGAGAAGCUCGCUGCCAGCGUUCUGGGUCCCGCUGAGAACGCCGACUGGCAGAUGGGUACUACCAAGAUCUUCUUCAAGGACCACCACGAUCAAGAGCUCGAAAAUGCCCGUGAACGCGUCUUCACCAGCAAGGCCGUGGUCCUCCAGCGCAUGCUUCGCGGUGCCUUUGCACGUGAGCGUUUCAUCAAUAUGAAGUCCUCUAUGGUGACCAUUCAGGCUGCACUCCGCACCUACCUGGCCACCGAGCGUCUCAAAGCCAUGCGUACCGGCUUUGGCCGCCUCCAGGCCAUGAUCAAGGCUCGCAAGCUGAGCCAAGAUUUUACGGCCCUCCGCACCCGCAUGGCUGGCCUUCAAAUGUAUGUGCGCGGCUUUGUGGCCCGCCGCACCUUUACUGGCAUCGUCGAUGCCGUCUCGCGACUCCAGGCUGUCUUCCGCAUGGUACUCGACAUCCAGCGCACCAAAUUCCUGCAGGACGAAUACCGUGCUGAGCGCGCCCGCCAAGAUGCCAUCAAGGCCGGUCUCCAACAAGAGGAGGCUGAGCGUCAAAAGCAAGAGGCCAUGCGCAAGAUCCAGGAGGAGAAGGAGCGCAAGCACCGUGAGGCCGAAGCAAAGCGCCAGGAAAUUGAGCAGGCCGAGGCCGACCGCGCCAAGCGCGAGAACCAGGAAGUCAACGACUCUGCCUUGGUUGACGAGAUGUUUGGCUUUGUGGACGAGGAAGAAGGUGCCAAGGGUGAUGGGCCCAUGGGAUUUGCUGACCUGCCGCAAGGCCAGGGCGACGACGACGGCUUUGGUUUCGGCGACUCGCGCGUCAUCCCCGAUAUGGACGAGGACAUCUCGUCCUUCAAGUUCACCAAGUUUGCCUCCACCUACUUCCAGGGCAACACAAACGCCUUUUACAUCCGCCGCCCCCUCAAGCAGCCCUUGCUCAACCUGACCUCGCCCUCUGACCAGCAAGCUGCGCUCUCCGUCUGGAUUACCAUCCUUCGCUUCAUGGGAGACAUGCCCGAGCCCAAGUACGUCCAGGCCAACGAGGCCAGCGACCAAAGCCAGUCCGUUAUGGGCCGUAUGUACAAGACGCUUGGACGCAACCGGCGCUGCUGCUGGUGGUGCACCCGAGGAAGACAAGCGCGAAAAGUCGAUUCGCCGCAAGUUGGCCAGCAUGACGCUGCGCAAGAAGUCCAAGAUGAGCCGCGAAAUGCAAGAGCAAACCGCCCCACCACUAACUUGGAAAAGCUGCACUUUAUCAUUGGCCACGGCAUCCUGCGCCCCGAGCUGCGUGACGAGAUCUACUGCCAAAUUUGCAAGCAGCUCACCCAAAACCCCAGCAAGUCGAGCCACGCCCGUGGCUGGAUCCUGCUCUCUCUUUGCAUUGGCUGCUUUGCGCCCUCGGACAAGUUUGUGAAGUACCUCCGCUGCUUCAUCAGCGAGGGUCCCCCAGGCUACGCCCCUUACUGCGAGGAGCGCCUCAAGCGCACGCAGCUCAACGGCACCCGCCACCAGCCCCCGAGCUGGCUCGAGCUGCAGGCAACCAAGAGCAAGAAGCCCUUGAUGCUGCCCAUCACCUUCAUGGAUGGCAACACCAAGACACUUCUGGCCGACUCGGCCACCACGGCUUCGGAGCUUUGUGAUCAGCUCGCUGAGAAGAUUGGUCUCAAGGACAAGUUUGGGUUCAGCCUCUACAUUGCCCUCUUUGAUAAGGUCUCAUCCCUGGGCAGUGGCGGUGACCAUGUCAUGGACGCCAUCUCCCAGUGCGAACAGUACGCCAAGGAGCAGGGUGCCCAGGAACGCAAUGCGCCUUGGCGCCUUUUCUUCCGCAAGGAGAUCUUUGCGCCCUGGCACAACCCGGCCGACGAUGCCGUUGGUACCAACCUCAUUUAUCAACAGGUGGUGCGUGGCAUCAAGUUUGGCGAGUACCGCUGCGAAAAGGAGGACCAGCUUGCUGAGAUCGCGGCCAAGCAGUUUUACGUCGAGUACGGCCCCAACAUGGACUCGGAGCGCCUGCUGCGCCUCGUGCCCUCGUACAUUCCAGACACAGCUCUGCAGUCGCGCUCCGCCGACAAGUGGGCGCCCAAGAUUGAAAAGUGCCACGCCAAGGGCGAAUACACCAAACACUCGUGGCCGGCACAGAAGGUCAAGGAACAAGUGGUCGACUUUGCUCGUACCGAGUGGCCGCUUCUCUUCUCUCGCUUCUAUGAGGCCUACAAAUUCUCUGGCCCCUCACUGCCCAAGAAUGACGUGAUCAUUGCCGUCAACUGGACCGGCGUCUACAUUGUGGAUGACCAGGAGCAUGUCUUGCUUGAAUGCUCCUAUCCGGAGAUCACCAACGUCUCGAGCAGCCGCACGGGCAAGUCCUCGGGUCAGAGUUUCACCAUCACCACCAUCAAGGGCGAUGAGUACACUUUCACCUCGACCAAUGGCGAAGACAUUCGGGAUCUCGUGCUUGGGUUCCUCGAAGGCUUGCGCCAUCGCUCCAAGUUUGUGGUGGCCAUGCAAGACUACUCGGCCCCUGGGGAAGGUUCCUCCUUCCUGAGCUUCAAGAAGGGCGAUUUGAUUUGCCUGGACAAUGAUGAUGGCCAUGCCGUCAUGCACUCGGGCUGGUGCUUUGGCCGCUGUGACCGCACGGGCGAGGAGGGCGACUUCCCAGCCAACUGCGUCUACGUCCUGCCCACGGUCAUCAAGCCCCCGCAAGAGGUACUGGCCCUCUUCUCGGACAACAGCGAUGCGGCUGCCGAUGCUCUGGUGGACGCUUUGCAGAUUGACGACGAAGAUGAGGGCGAGGCGUACUCGCUGGAGCAGUUUGCUCUCGAACACUUCCGUGCCCCGUCCAAAAAGUCCUUGACGCGCACGUUGAGUCGCCGAUCGCGCAAGGGCGGUGCCUCGUCCAACCCUUGGAGCUACUCGCGUGAGGUCUUGAAGCAACCGUUGCUCAAGAAGGUUUGUGCCCACGAAGAGCUUAGCGUGAAGGCCGUGCAAAUUUUCCAGGCCAUCAUGAAGUACAUGGGUGACUACCCGUCCAAGAAGGCGCGCAUCAGCACCGAGCUGACUGAUGUCAUCUUUGAGGCGCCCCUAGCCCAUGAAAUGCUGCGCGACGAGGUGUACGUCCAGCUCAUCAAGCAGCUCACAGACAACAAGACACGCAUCUCCGAAGAGCGUGGCUGGGAGCUCCUUUGGCUGUGCACUGGUUGUUUCCCCUGCUCGAAUCUUCUGCAAAAGGAGGUGACUGCCUUCCUGCGGUCCAAGGCCUCGCGUCAUCCUCUGGCGCAGGAAUGCCAAUCUCGCGUGGCCAAGGCCAUCCGCAACGGCCCCCGCAAGUACCCGCCGCACAUUGUCGAAGUGGAGGUCAUUCAGAACAAGAAAGUGACCAUCAACCACAAGGUAUACUUCCCUGACGAUUCCAACCUCUCGUUUGAAGUGGAGUCGUCCACGCGUGCCAAGGACUUUUGUGCCAGCAUCGGGGAAAAACUUGGUCUACAGACGACCGAGGGUUUCUCGCUCUUCGUCAAGAUUGCGGACAAGGUGAUCAGUGUGCCCGAGGGUGACUUCUUCUUUGACUUUGUUCGUCAUCUGACCGAGUGGCUGAAGAAGACAAAGCAAGGCACCGCGCCCAAGGAUCAGAUGGUCAACCCCACGCUCACCUACUCAGUCCUCUUUCUGAAGAAACUGUGGUCAACCACGGUGGUGGGGCAGGAUCCGCGCGCCGAUUGCAUGUUCCAUUACCAUCAGGAGCUGCCCAAGCUGUUGCGAGGCUACCACAAGUGCACUAAGGAGGAGGCGGUGCAGCUAGCCGCCCUCCAAUACCGUGUCCGCUUUGGCGACGACAAGAAGGAGUUUGGCUCCAUCCCGCAGUUCCUGCGCGAGCUCGUGCCCUUUGAUUUAAUUCAAACCAUGAAUCCGGAGGAGUGGAAGAAGGCCAUUGUUCUGGCCUUUAACAAGCACUCGGGUAAGAGCCGCGAUGACGCCAAGAUCUCCUUUUUGAAGAUUAUCCAGCGCUGGCCGACGUUUGGCAGCGCCUUUUUCGAGGUCAAGCAGACCACCGAGCCCAAGUAUCCGCAGCAGCUGCUCAUUGCCAUCAACAAGGCCGGCGUGAACUUGAUCAACCCGAAGAACAAGGAAAUUAUCGACACCUACCCUUUUACCAAAAUCUCAAACUGGAGUUCUGGUGGCACAUAUUUCCACAUGGCCAUCGGUAACCUGGUGCGCGGGUCGAAGCUGCUGUGCGAGACGACUCUUGGCUACAAGAUGGAUGACCUUUUGACCUCUUACAUCUCGCUCAUGCUUGCGACCAUGAACAAGAACAAGAAGCGCAAGCCAUCUGUUCGCCAGUAG